UCAUGCGUAAGUGACAAGCCGUAGCGUCUAGUCAAGCUGUGUUAUGAUUGGCUGACAGGUUCUCUGGUUGCGUACUAUUGCUAUUCCAGGAAACACGUAAAGUUGGGGUGUCAUGGCGGACGAAGGUAUUAAGAGUUAUAAGCCACUCUUUCUCAAAGAUCUGCAGCUAAUGAAGCAAGGGGCAGAAGCGCGUGUGUAUCGUGGCAGAUUCCUGGGGAAAGCAGCGAUUAUUAAGGAGAGGUUUCCAAAACGGUACAGACACCCGACUCUUGAUGACAAGUUGACUCACCGAAGGACGGCGCAGGAGGUUCGCUCCAUACUCCGCUGCAGGAAAGCAGGUAUUUCUGCCCCAGUUGUAUAUUUUGUCGACUAUACCUCAAACUCCAUCUUUCUUGAGGAAAUUGAAGAUUCAGUUACAGUUCGUGAUUAUAUCAACAGUGUUCUGUGUUCUGGAGAAAAUGCUGAAAAGCUCAUUGAUUUGGCAAGUUGUAUUGGACAAAUCCUAUCUAAGAUGCAUAAUGAAGAUGUGAUCCAUGGUGAUCUCACAACAUCUAACAUGCUUCUUAAAGAUUCUGCCAAAACUGGGUGCCAGAAUUUAGUACUCAUUGAUUUUGGACUGAGCUACAUUUCUGCUUUACCAGAAGAUAAAGGAGUGGACCUCUAUGUUCUUGAGAAAGCCUUUCUUAGUACUCAUCCAAACACUGAACAUGUGUUUGAGGCAUUGCUUAAAAGUUACACAACAUCCUCAAAGAAGUCUUUACCUGUCAUUAAAAAGCUAGAUGAAGUAAGACUGAGGGGAAGAAAGCGAUCAAUGGUGGGAUAAAGUAACACAAAUUGACAAACUACAUAUUGCUUUUUGCCCCAACAUGGAAAUAACCAAAAAAAGAAAAAAAGCUGGCACAUUUGCAUCUUCUGUCAAACCAUAUUAUGUGGACAUGUAUGAUCCUAUCUUAUUGAAUUUUUGUUCUGAAAAUAAUAAAAAUCACUUGAUGAUUUGUCAAGGCAAA